GCUACCUUGCUGGUUCCUAAACGCAAGCAACGAACUAUGCCAGAGCUUCCAAGCAAAGCACUCCUCCUCUCCAAGCUCUGCCACGCUCCCUCUCUCCUUCCACCCCUCUCCCUCCUUCCUUCUCCCAGUUAUCCUUGUCCGGGACCCCCUUUCCCCCUUUUGUUAUUCGGCAUGUCUGAUUAGCCCGAGCCUGAUUGGCUGCCUGCCUGUUCGGAGAGAGAUUCCAUGCAGAUCAGCCCCUGCUCUCGCCCAGUCCUCGCUCAGGAAACGUGAGCGCGGCGGAUGGAAGCGGAGAGGCAGCGGCUCAAGCGCUAGCGCCCCGCCGCCACCGCUGCUGCUGCUGCGCCGAGCCUGACAGCAGGCAAGCGAGGCAGGAGAGCCGCUUAGCAGCCGCAGCCGCUCACUCAGUGCCUCUGCCUGACCGACUGAGAUCCCGGCAAGGAUCCAAGCAUGGAAUGGUGCCGCCGGGCAACAGCUGGCGCUCUGCUCCUGGCUUCCCUGCUCCUGGACUGACUGAAGCAAGAGUUGAAGCAGCGUGAUUUGGCUUCAUCCUCAGAACAUACCUAAACCAAAUCUCCAUUACUUGUGAAUUAGGCACUCAUUUCUCAGUUCACUAAAAUAAAUAGUACUCUCUGCUGCCAACCAUUAUGCAUUAUUCUUUAAUGCUAUAUACCAGUUUGAGUUGGAGUUCUCGAACUGCUCGUUCGGAGGAAGACCGAGACACGCUGUGGGAUGCCUGGGGCUCAUGGAGCGAAUGUUCCCGUACUUGUGGGGGAGGCGCUUCCUACUCCCUCAGGCGCUGCCUGAGCAGCAAGAGCUGUGAGGGUCGAAAUAUCAGAUACCGAACAUGCAGCAACGUGGACUGCCCUCCAGAAGCAGGUGAUUUUCGUACCCAGCAAUGUUCGGCGCACAACGACGUCAAGUACCAGGGGCAGUUUUACGAAUGGCUCCCUGUAUCGAAUGAUCCUGACAACCCAUGCUCCUUAAAGUGCCAGGCCAAAGGGACAAGCUUUGUUGUGGAAUUGGCUCCUAAAGUGCUGGAUGGGACCCGAUGCUACACUGAAUCGCUAGAUAUGUGCAUUAGCGGCUUGUGCCAAAUUGUUGGCUGUGACCACCAGCUGGGAAGCACUGUCAAGGAAGAUAACUGUGGGGUCUGCAAUGGCGAUGGUUCCACCUGCCGGCUUGUCCGAGGCCAAUAUAAAUCUCAGCUCUUGGCAAAUAAACCGGAUGAUACCGUGGUUGUUAUUCCCUACGGAAGUCGACACGUUCGCCUGGUGCUGAAAGGUCCUGAUCAUCUCUAUUUAGAAACCAAUACGCUGCAAGGUUUGAAAGGCGAAAACAGUCUCGGCUCCACAGGUUCGUUCCUCGUGGACAAUUCCAGCGUGGACUUGCAGAAGUUUCCGGACAAAGAGAUCCUGAGAAUGCCUGGCCCCCUCACUGCAGAUUUCACUGUCAAGAUCCGUUACGCUGGUGCUGCCGACAGUACGGUUCAGUUCAUUUUCUACCAACCUAUUAUUCACCGAUGGAGAGAAACUGAUUUCUUUCCUUGUUCCGCUUCUUGUGGUGGAGGUUACCAGCUGACUUCUGUCGAGUGCUAUGAUCUGAGAAGCAAUAGAGUGGUCUCUGACCAAUACUGCCACUACUACCCUGAAAACAUCAAGCCAAAGCCAAAACUCCAGGAGUGCAACCUGGAUCCUUGCCCUGCCAGUGAUGGAUACAAGCAGAUCAUGCCCUAUGACCUCUACCAUCCUCUUCCUCGGUGGGAAAGCACCCCGUGGACCGCCUGCUCUUCUUCUUGCGGCGGAGGCAUUCAGAGCCGCACAAUCUCGUGUGUGGAAGAGGACAUCCAGGGGCUCGUCAGCUCUGUGGAAGAAUGGAAGUGCAUGUACACUCCCAAGAUGCCCAUUGUCCAGCCUUGCAACAUCUUCGAUUGCCCCAAGUGGUUGGCUCAGGAGUGGUCUCCGUGCACAGUGACAUGUGGCCAAGGCCUAAGAUACCGGGUGGUUCUGUGCAUUGACCACAGAGGGAUGCAUACCGGUGGCUGCACUGCUAAAACAAAGCCUCACAUCAAAGAAGAAUGCAUCGUCCCCACUCCUUGCUACAAGCCGAAAGAAAAACUUCCUGUUGAAGCUAAAUUGCCAUGGUACAAGCAAGCCCAGGAAUUGGAAGAAGGAGCAAUAGUAUCAGAAGAACCAACGUUUAUUCCAGAGACCUGGUCUGCCUGCAGCGUGACCUGUGGGGUCGGAAUCCAAGUCCGCUUAGUGAAGUGCCAAGUUCUGCUCUCCUUCUCUCAAUCUGUGGCUGAUUUACCCAUUGAUGAAUGUGAAGGGCCCAAACCAGCCUCCGAACGAGCUUGUUAUGGCGGCCCUUGCAAUGGGGAGACCAGCGAAUAUAGUCCCGAAGAGGCUGAUGUGUUUUAUGGCGGCUCGCAGGAUUUUGACGAACUCCAUGACUGGGAGUAUGAAGGCUUCACAGAGUGCUCUGAGUCUUGUGCAGGAGGUGUUCAAGAGGCAGUAGUGGCUUGCCUGAAUAAACAGACAAGAGAGUUUGCCGAUGAAAAUCUAUGCGUGAGCAGCCGGCGUCCCCCACAGUUGCUGAAAGCUUGUAACCUGGAGCCUUGUCCCCCAAGGUGGGAGAUGGGGCAGUGGAGCUCCUGUAGCCUCACCUGCGGCGUAGGACUGCAGACCCGAGACGUCUUCUGCUCUCACCUCCUCUCGCGAGAAACCAACGAGACGGUGAUCUUGGCAGAUGGGCUGUGCCACAAGCCCCAGCCCAUCCAGGUGCAAGCCUGCAAUCGUUUUGACUGCCCCCCGUCCUGGUACCUCUCGGAGUGGCAACAGUGUUCACAGACGUGCGGGGGUGGCCUUGAGAAGCGGGAAGUGCUCUGCAAGCAGCGCAUGGCCGAUGGGAGUUUCCUGGAGCUUCCAGAAACAUUCUGCUCCACUUUGAGGCCCGCCUCCCAACAAGCCUGCCAAAAUGAGGACUGCCCCCCAGAGUGGCUUCUUUCAGACUGGACGCAGUGUUCUGUGAGCUGUGGUGAGGGAACCCAGAAGCGAAAUGCUAUUUGCAGGAAAAUGCUAAACACCGGGCUUUCUGCCAUCAUCAAUUCAUCGCUGUGCCCGCCCUUGCCGUUCUCAUCGUUGGUCAGGCCAUGUGCAGUAGCAACCUGUGCAAGACACCAGAGGCCAUCUCACAAGCAAACCCCUCUGAUCAUGGCUCAAAAGAAAGUCUUCAUCCAAACAAGGAAACAGAGAAAGCUGCACUUCGUUGUUGGCGGGUACGCCUACCUUCUCCCCAAAACCUCCGUCAUCCUCAGGUGCCCCGUGAGAAGGUUCCGGAAGCCAAUGAUCACAUGGGAGAAAGAUGGCAAGCGGCUCAUCAGUUCGGCUCACGUGACUAUUGCUCCGUAUGGAUAUAUGAAAAUUCAUCGGUUGAAGCCCUCCGAUACGGGGACUUACACCUGCACAGCAGGGCUGGCUCGGGAGCAUUUUGUGAUUAAGCUCAUAGGAGGCCACAACAAGCGCAUGGCCGCCUUGUCACUUGGGAUGAUGAAAGAAGAAGAAGCCACGAGGAAGGCCAGCUUGAACGAAGCUUUGCACGCCCAGGAGAAGCAUCAGAACGGAAUCCUCUUCAACGGGAGCAAAACUGAGAAACGGGGGCUUCUUACUGACCCUAGCAGCCGGUACGAUGAUAUUGUCUCCAGGCUUUUGGAGUACAGAGGAUGGCCUCACGACCACCCAGAGCCAUGGGAAGCUCAGGACUCUGCAGAGAGAAACAUCUCUUCCGAGGAAGAUCAAGGCCAGGAGUACACCCUUCCUUUCACCAUGGUUGCCAGCCAGGAUCGUUUGGACGACAUCCUGAGAAACUUGUCCCAACAGCCAGAGGAAGUUCAGGAUGUCUAUAGCAAGCAGCUGGUUGCGCAGUUGGCCCACGAAAUUUUCAAGAGCCAUUUGGAACACCAGGAGUCCCUUUUCAAAACUCAAGGGAGCAGGGUCAGUUCUGCUUCAGUGGAGGUCCCGUUCAGCAAGUAUUUUUCCGAGUUCACCAGCUCCUUGAGAACGUCUUCGGCUGAAGCCCACUUGUCCUUAUCACCGGAGCUGACAAACGGCUCGCGGGGGCCUCAUAGAAAGCCUGCCAUUCUCAAGAAGAUAUCUGCGGCACAGCAGCUCUCCGCCUCCGAAGUGGUCACCCAUCUCGGACAUACUGUCGUUUUAGCUAGCGGGACACUAAGUGUGCUUCUUCACUGUGAGGCGGUUGGGAACCCAAAGCCCACCAUUAGCUGGGCAAAGAAUGGAGAGGUGGUGCAGUUCAGCAAAAGGAUACUUCUUCAGCCAGAUGACUCCUUGCAAAUUCUGGAGCCUGUCGAAGAAGACGUCGGGUUCUAUACCUGCAAUGCAACGAAUGCGUUGGGAUCUGACUCUGUUUCCAUUGCCGUCACGUUAGCAGGGAAGCCAUUAAUAAAGACAUCAAGAGCUACACUGGUCAACAAGGAGUUGCCUGCUGUCACUGUUGAUAUUGGGAGCACCGUGAAAACCAUCCUGGGUGCAAACGUGACCAUCAACUGCCAGGUUGCAGGUGUGCCUGAAGCAGAACUCACCUGGUUCAGGAAUAAAAUCAAGCUGGCCCCUGGUCAUUACCUGCAGGAUGGGUCACUGCAGAUUGAAAAUGUUUCUCUCUCGGAUCAAGGCUUAUACUCCUGCAGGGCAGCCAACAUUCGUGGGCAGAUUACCGAAAGCACUCAGCUUCUUGUUCUGGACCCGCCACAAUUCCCUCAUCAUUUGGAAGACAUGGCAGCCGCAUUAUCCAUCACAGGACCAGGCGUUCCUUCUGUGAUAACAUCUCCUUCAGGAACGAGAAAAGUUCUCAGCCCAGGGAGUUCUGUGCUGAUUGGCUGCCCUGUGAAUGGUCAUCCUGCUCCUAACAUUACCUGGUUUCAUGCUGGUCAGCCCCUCAGCAUGCCUCACCAUGUGUUGUCGUCUGGAGAGAUUAUUCAGAUACUGAACAUCAGCCUUGAUUAUCAAGGAGAAAUCAGCUGCAUGGCUCAGAACGAGGCAGGCUUGCUCGUACAAAAAACAUCUCUGACAGUCCAAGAUUACUGGUGGUCGGUGGAUAAGAUGUCGCCCUGCUCAGCCUCCUGCGGUAACAAGGGUCUGCAGUAUCACCAGCUGAGAUGCUUACUGGACAGAGCCCAAGUCAACAACUCCCACUGCAUGGAGAAGCCCAAACCGGCUCUGCAGCCAGUUGCUUGUAACAGAAGAGAUUGCCCUUCGAGAUGGAUGGUGACGUCGUGGUCCCAUUGUACACAAAGCUGUGGUGGAGGCAUCCAGACCCGUCGGGUGACAUGUCAAAAGCUGACAGCUGCAGGCAGCUCCAUGCCCAUGUCAAACGACGCAUGUGCACAACUUUCCAAGCGCCCGGUAGACACCCAGAGCUGCAACAGACAGCUAUGUGUCGAGUGGGCAACAUCUGCCUGGGGGCAGUGUAAUGGACCAUGCAUUGGAUCUCGACUGGCUGUACAACACAGGCAGGUUUUCUGCCGGACCAGGGAUGGGAUAUCUGUGCCUUCCGACCAAUGCAGCUCCCUUCCAAGGCCUCUGAGCACGCAGAACUGCUGGACAGAUGCUUGCGGAGUGCACUGGAGGGUCAGUCUGUGGACUCUGUGCACGGCUACCUGCGGGAACUAUGGCUUCCAGUCGAGGCGAGUAGAAUGUGUGCGUGUCCGCACCAACAAACCCGUGCAAGAGCACUACUGCGCCUGGAGACCGAGGCCGGCUAACUGGCAGCGUUGCAACAUCACUCCCUGUGAAAAUAUCGAGUGCAGAGAUACCACCAGGUACUGUGAGAAGGUGAAGCAGCUGAAGCUCUGCCAGCUCGCGCAAUUCAAAUCAAGGUGCUGUGGGACGUGUGGAAAAGCAUAAAGGUGGCAGGCAGAGAACCAUCUGAUGAAUUUGGCACCACCAGCCCCCCCACCUCUGCUUUGUUACUGAGAAGGGCUUCUUCAUAAAAAGGAAAAAUUGGAAAUGGAAUGGCCUUAUCUUCCAUUUUAUUUAUUUAUUUUUUCCUCCCCCUUCCCCCCCACUUUUUUCAAAAUCCCUUUCUUAAACUGAAGUCUUUGUAAAGACCUUGACAAGGUUUCCCUUCUAUAAGGAGACAAACGCAGCAAGUCACAGAAUUCGUUAUGAGGGUGCAGACCAAAAACAAAAGGAAAGAGAGCACCAGAGAGAAAAGAGCCUGGAAUGAUGGAACGCCCUGGAAGACUUCAAGGCUCCCCUUUGUGGACAGAAGGAACCUGCGGAAACCGACCCUGAGCAACUGGGCUCAGCAAACGCCUAGCGAAAUUGCCAGUACCUUGAGUCAAGAGUGGAACGCGACAUUCACCCCUGCACAAAAGAAGGGAUGGCAAAGUGAAAGGAAAAGGUGUUGUCGUGUUGAAGAAUGGAUUAGUCUUCGGUUGACCCUGGAAGGCUUGCUCACGUAAGGUGAAUAGAUAUGACCAUCUGCUAAAAGGAGUAGCUUCCCAUGUAGUGCAUUUCACCACAUGGACAUGGGAAGGAACAGCAACCCACCACUGCGCAAAGAGGAAUUUACCCUGUACCAUUGCAGUCAGAAAUACGGGGAAGCAAGGGAGCAGGGAAAUUCUGCUACUCGCCACUGGGGCAGGGAUGCUGCAGCCCAACAGCUUCCCAAAUGGUUGUGUGUUCAUGUGCUCAGCUGUUCUGAAUAUUCAUCUGCCAUGGGUUUUGUAUAGCUGUUUCUCUGUUGCGGUAACACCUGGGCCUCCCUGCUUUUGGUUUAUGCUCAGGAGGCACAGGCCAAGUCUCAAAAUACUGCAUCAGCACAAGCUCCAUUUCAACGUGGCAUUAAAAACAGGGGGAGCAAUGCAAAGGGUAUAUCCGUUAAUCCCAGUCACCAAAAAGAGAGUCUUGAAAGAAAUGGUGCACCAAAGGCUUGCCCUCUUGUCACAUUUCAGUUGAUUUCUGUUCAUUGUCCUGGUAUUCCGCCUGACACAUACUGUACAGUCGUACCUUGGUUUUCAAGCAGAAUGCAUUCCGGAAGUCCGUUCAACUUCCAAAACGUUCAGAA